AUGCUCAAUCUGCCCCAGAAGUUGUCCAAGCAACCCUCGCCUGCUGAAAGAGAGAGGCGACGUUUGAAAGCUCUAAGUGCAAUGCCAACCGAAAUGCGGAAGUCUGCAGCAUGGCUGAAUAAGACGGAGAAAACGACCUCAGCGGAUGGCACGCGAACGUCGCAAGCUCUGUCCAGCUUGCCUCCACAGCUACGUGCGAGCGCAUUCUUUCAGAAACCUGCUCUCACUCAGGAUAUUGACAUCAAAUGUGCUUCCGCUGUGGAUACCCUUGAUAGCAUUCUGGAUGCUUCCGCCCAUGCCCCCGUGAGCGCGUUCACUGACCACCCAUUCGCUGGUCAUCUUGGGGGCGAAAUAUAUGGGAAACGCAAUGUCCAUGAUAAAGGUGCGACGCUCGAGACGAAGAAAAAUCGCUUUUUCGAUUCGCUCUUGCUUGCUCAAAUUAGCGAACGCGUCAGCCAUAUCAAAAUAGGAUAUAGAACUAAGCUUUAUAAGCAGUACAUCAAAAGCUCACUGCUCUGCGAUAGAUAUUGGUAG